GCAGCAAACGAAACAUUUAGUACGAGCCGCGCACUCUACCGUUCUAGGUGCUACCGUCCGCUUGGGAAUUGCAUCGAGCUCGUUGUGUUGUAUGGGAUGGUACGUCAUAUCUAAGCCGAGGCCGUUGACACAUUUGUACCCAUCCCUUACAAUCGAUUUAAACGUGUGCAGGGCGUAUCCAGCGAACCGAAACAUACCUUGGCUCAGCUUCGAAUUUCUUUCUGACUAGCAAGUGCUGACAACCGGUGACACUUGACGGUGUGUGCCUCAUGAUCAACAUGAUCUUCCCUACCAUUGACGUCGUCCAGAGCUAUAUGUGGCUGGUAUUGCUUUGUUUUGUGCUAUAUCUGGUGUGGUUCCUGACUACGGCUGGAACACGAUACUGGCAGGGCCGUCAUGUACCGUACAUCGCGGGCCGUCCAAUAGUGGGCAACUUCUUCGAUGCGGUACUGAUGCGAAAAUCAACCUUCGACAUGAUGAUCGAGUUGUACACGAACGAACGCGUGCGGAAUAGUGCGAUAUUUGGCAUCAGUAAGCUGAUGACUCCCACCCUAGUGCUACGCGAUCCCGAACUCAUCAAACAAGUACUAGUUAAAGAUGCCGCCUUUUUCCUGAAUCGCUCCAUGUCUACUGAUUCACAUGGUGAUCCGAUCGGGUACUACAACUUGCUGAUGAUUAAAAAUCCUCCUUGGAAGCAGCUACGCUCCUACCUUACACCGUCGCUUAGCUUGAGUAAAAUCAAACAGAUGUACCGACUGCUCGAUCAGGUUGGUUCAGAGAUGGUGGCGUCACUCGAUGCAUUACCGGAACUACGGCCAGGCGUACGAGAGACGGAAUUUAAAGAGCUCUGUGCACGCUUCACCACCGACGUAAUUGCGAGCACAUUCUUCGGCAUGGAGGCCAACUGCCUGAAGGAUGAGAAUUCCGAGUUUCGUUACUAUGGGCGAAAGAUCUUCGAUUACGGUCCGGCACGCGGUUUGACGAUGGCAUCGUUCUUCUUUGCGCCCAAGCUGGUGCCUUAUCUACGGUUGAAACUUUUCCCACGCGACACCGAAGCUUUCCUUAAGGCUAUUAUCGAGCAGGAGAUCACAAGGCGCGAAAAAACUGGCGAAAGUCGGGGAGAUUUCAUCGAUUCGAUGAUUACGCUUAAAAACAACAAUGCUACACUCGGCGUUACGGAGAUACCAAUCAAAGGUGAUAUACUUGUAGCACAGGCGGCAACCUUCUAUAUGGCCAGCUUUGAAACUACCUCCUCGGUGCUAUCGUUUGCUCUUUACGAGUUAACAAGAAAUCCAAAAAUACAAGCCCAGCUUAGGGAAGAAAUACGUCUCGUUGUUCGUAAAUAUGGACAAGACAUUCCCUACGAAGCGUAUGCCAAUGAGAUGCCGUACCUGGGCAUGGUUAUCUCCGAAACGGCGCGACUUUAUCCAGUGCUACCCUUCAUCGAGCGUCAGUGUACAUUGCCGGAAGGUAAUACCGGAUACAAGCUGGAACCGUUCCACGAUUUUAUCAUCCCCAACCACAUGCCAGUGUUGAUCCCUAUCUAUGCAAUCCAUCGCGAUCCAAAGUAUUUCCCCAAUCCGGAACUCUUCGAUCCGGAACGAUUUUCCAAAGAUAAUCAGGACCAAAUACAACCCUGCACGUACAUGCCGUUCGGUGUUGGACCGCGCACCUGCCUUGGGUCACAUUUUGGGACGAUACAAAUUAAAAUUGCACUGGUGAAGCUGCUCACAAAGUAUCGCAUCGAUCGAUCAUCCUCCACGCCCGGAGUAUUAACUUACCGCAAGAAUGCUUUCACGCUGAACUCCAACGAAGGUCUUUGCGCCGAACUGGUGGAGGAUGCUUUGGAAAUACAACCGGUGACACUUGACAGUGUGUGCCUCAUGAUCAACAUGAUCUUCCCCACCAUUGACGUCGUCCAGAGCUAUCUGUGGCUGGUAUUACUUUGUGUUGUGCUAUAUCUGCUGUGGUUCCUGACUACGUCUGGAACACGAUACUGGCAGUGUCUUCAUGUGCCGUACAUCGAGGGCCGUCCAAUAGUGGGCAACUUCUUCGAUGCGAUACUGAUGCGAAAAUCAACCUUCGACUUAAUGAUCGAGCUGUACAGGGACGAACGCGUACGGAAUAGUGCGUUAUUUGGCAUCAGUAAGCUGAUGACUCCCACCCUAGUGCUACGCGAUCCCGAACUCAUCAAACAAGUACUAAUUAAAGAUGCCGCCUUCUUCUGCAAUCGCUCCAUGUCUACUGAUUCACAUGGUGAUCAGAUCGGGUACUACAACUUGCUGAUGAUUAAAAAUCCACCUUGGAAGCAGCUACGCUCCUACCUUACACCCUCGCUUAGCUUGAGCAAAAUCAAACAGAUGUACCGACUGCUUGAUCAGGUUGGUUCAGAGAUGGUGGCAUCACUCGAUGCAUUACCGGAACUACGGCCAGGCGUACGAGAGACGGAAUUUAAAGAGCUCUGUGCACGCUUCACCACCGACGUGAUUGCGAGCACAUUCUUCGGCAUACAGGCCAACUGCCUGAAGGAUGAGAAUUCCGAGUUUCGUUACUAUGGGCGAAAGAUCUUCGAUUACGGUCCGGUACGCGGUAUGACGAUGGCAUCGUUCUUCUUUGCGCCCGAGUUGGUGCCUUACCUACGGUUGAAACUUUUCCCACGCGACACAGAAGCUUUCCUUAAGGCUAUUAUCGAGCAGGAGAUCACAAGGCGCGAAAAAACUGGCGAAAGUCGGGGAGAUUUUAUCGAUUCGAUGAUUACGCUUAAAAACAACAAUGCUACACUCGGCGUUACGGAGAAGAUACCACUCAAAGGUGAUAUACUUGUAGCACAGGCGGCAACCUUCUAUAUGGCCAGCUUUGAAACUACCUCCUCGGUGCUAUCGUUUGCUCUUUACGAGUUAACAAGAAAUCCAAAAAUACAAGCCCAGCUGAGGGAAGAAAUACGUCUCGUUGUUCGCAAAUAUGGACAAGACAUUCCCUACGAAGCGUAUGCCAAUGAGAUGCCGUACCUGGGCAUGGUUAUCUCCGAAACGGCACGACUUUAUCCAGUGCUACCCUUCAUCGAGCGUCAGUGUACAUUGCCGGAAGGUAAUACCGGAUACAAGCUGGAACCGUUCCACGAUUUUAUCAUCCCCAACCACAUGCCAGUGUUGAUCCCUAUCUAUGCAAUCCAUCGCGAUCCAAAGUAUUUCCCCAACCCGGAACUCUUCGAUCCGGAACGAUUUUCCAAAGAUAAUCUGGACCAAAUACAACCCUGCACGUACAUGCCGUUCGGUGUUGGACCGCGCACCUGCCUUGGGUCACAUUUUGGGACGCUACAAAUUAAAAUUGCACUGGUGAAGCUGCUCACCAAGUAUCGCAUCGAUCGAUCAUCCUCCACGCCCGGAGUAUUGACUUACCGCAAGAAUGCUUUCACGCUGAACUCCAACGAAGGUCUUUGCGCCGAACUGGUGGAGGAUGCUUUAGUAAUGUGA